CUAAAACCUCACUUCGCAGACCUCACCCUUUGAACAUACGCGAAAUCGCCUUGAAUGCAACCCAUCGAGGCAUCACCAUCCUUAUCCAUUUUCCUUCCAAAAUUACUUCUCUCAUCUAAUUCGAUGUCGCUCUUUCUACCUAUGUCAAUUUAGGGGCUUCCGACGCCCUAAUUCAACAAGAAACGCGACUGUCUUUUCCUCCCGUAUGGCUACCGCCACCCGCCUAUCACUCUAACACGCCUACGAGGCUAUCAUGUCCAUCAUGAACGGCCAAAAUUCUUGGCCACCUCCACAACAGCAUCAUGUUGUAGGGAAGCGUCCUUUUCGCAAUAUUGAUGAUUCUACCACCGGAUCUAGCGAAGUUAUCGAUAAUUCCGCCGCGUCGGUGCCUGAGGCAUCUGAUAAUGAAGAGGAACGCCUCCGAGCUCACUUCGCCGAAUUGCGGCGAAAGAACGAGGCUAAGAUUGCGCUUUUGUAUGGCCCUGAUGGCGAACUUAACAACGAAAUUUUAGAAUCGUGGAGACGGCCUUCGACUCCCUCUUCCGCCCCUCCCCCGACUACUGAUCACUCCGCCAUACAAGAACGCCCCCCUAAAAGAGUUAAGAGAGUAAUCGACGAAGAUGAUUACGGAGAUGAUGAUGACGACGACGAUGACGACGAAGAUGAACCUGACACUAACUCUACCAAUCUAUCCUCCCUAAAGUCCAAAGCCGCCGCUGUCGCCGCUUCGAAAGCUCUCCCUUCUCCUUCCAAGUCAGGUAGUUCUCCUAUAGCUUCCGCGCCGUCGCCCGACAAGCUAUACGAUCGGGCGAAGGAAGAUGCGUCGCAGGGAUCGCAAGCAACGCAGGCGCAAGCCAACAAGUUGGAAGACGCGCGCAAGCAACUUGAAGAUGCGCGCAAAGAUACCGAGGAAGCUGCCAAGCGUAGCUUCUUUUCCGUAUUUUAUACCCUGGAGAACGAUCGAGCUGCUAUGCUAGAACAGCAACAGCUCGAGGAGUCGGAGAAACAGCUUCAAGCUGAAAUGGACAAGAAUACCAAUAACAAUGCCAGCGGAGCCACCUCUAGCGAAAACCAUGGGUCGCUUAGCAGCGCAAACCUGGGCGCGUCCAGUCUCACCCUUAAGCACCUCAUUGCGCGCAUAGAUAUGAAGCGCGACAUGGUGCGCGCAUCGGACGCUGAGUUGCGCUCUCUUAUGAAUGAAGUCCGCAAGAAUAGGAGCAAGUGGGCUAGCGAAGAGAACGUCAACCAGGAGGAGUUGUACGAAGCAUUAGAAAAGGUCUUAACUGAGCUUAAGGCGCAUACCGAAUAUUCCACCCCCUUCCUUCAAAGGGUGAACAAGAAAGAUGCUCCCGACUACUAUAAUUUCAUUAAACAGCCAAUGGACCUCGGAUCCAUGACGAAGAAGCUCAAAUCCUUAACUUACAAGUCCAAGGCCGAUUUCGUCACCGACCUCAACUUAAUCUGGGAUAACUGUCUACGUUAUAAUCAAGACAUGAAUCACCCGCUUAGGCGGAUGGCCAAUGGUAUGCGCAAGGAAGCCGAGAAACUCAUUCCCUUAAUCCCCGACCUGGUUAUUCGUCCCCGUGCCGAAGUUGAAGCCGAGGAGAGGCGUAAACAGAAUGGUGGUGACGAUGAUGGAGGCGAUGAUUCUGACGACGAGCCGAUAAUGUCGUCUCGCGGCCGAAUCGCCGGAGGUGCCAAAGGAACGAAGUCGAGAAAGACUCACUCUGACCAAAAGGAGGGGACACCUAACAUGGAACAGAAGCCGACGCUACAGUUAAACGGAUUAUUAGCAAAAGCUCAUCGUGAAGGCUCCGAACUAGACGGCAGCAACGGCUUUGGGACACCGCCCAUUGGUGGUUCUAUGACGCCUAGUGGGCUCAAUGGCCAUUCAGGCAUGGGUAGCAAUGUUGACGCUAUGGACAUUGAUGAUCCCGAACUAAAUGGAAUGGUGCUGGGACAGGCGUUGAACGAAGCUGCUCAGGAAGCCUACGAGGACGAGGAUUAUAAAAUCUGGAAGCAGGUGACCAAGAAAGACCGUGCUCUAAUUACCAAGGCGCGAUACCAGCUAUUUAACAAGAAUAAGCUAAACGUCGAUGAACCUGCAAUACUUCGAACCAGGGCUGGUAUGCGUCGCUACCUGCGUGACCGCCAAAAGGCAGAAGCCUUUGCAUCGGCCGGUCGUUCUCAGGAUUCGUCAGGUGCUACCAAGGAAAAGGCUUCUGAGACUCUCGCAGAGGGCAUGGAGGAAGAUGAAGAAAAAUGCCUCCCCUUUUAUUACGAGCCUCAAUGCAUUAUUCCCGAUAUCCCACCUAAACUCCAGUGGAUCGAGGACGAGGAAGGCAACGCCAUCAACCAGCACGAGGAAUUUCUCCAUACUCUACCACCGGGUUAUUUUACUGCUCCUAAGAGUGCCCUCUCCCAGAAAUUCGAUGCCAAUAUCCGGCAAAUGCAGGAAACAAGGAAGAUUUGUUCGAAGAUAGGGGUUAUAAAGCAGAUGCAGCUCCAGACUCAGGUUUACGCCAACCAGUUUCCAAAGUACAACCCAGAGCCGUUUUAUGAGCAGGAUGCUGAACCGCACGUCGUAUGUGGCGACAACAUUGUGAUGGCACCGCAGGUUUGCAGAGCAGGUCUGCAACGAUCCGUUGCAAAGAUCUUUUACCAUGCAGGCUUUGAAGAGUUUCAGCCGUCUGCGAUGGACGCCAUCACUGACAUCGCCGCUGAUUAUUUCGGGAAGAUUGUCACUACGUUCAAGAACUAUACGGAGAUCGAAAUGAAAGACCCGUCUCCAGAGUAUGUUCAACGUGGUUAUACAGCCCAACCCCGAUACAGCGACGAGGAGGCCUUACUACACACCUUGUCUGAAAUGGGCUACUCUAUUGAGGGUCUGGAGAGCUAUGCCAAGGAUGAAGUUGAGAGAUUCGGCCAUAAGCUCACUGGUAUCCACGAACGGAUGAAGGCACAUUUAGGCGAUCUGCUACGUCCUGCUGUGAUGGAAUCAGGAGGUCCGGACGGUGCCGCCGCGUUUGACGACGGGAGUGAACAGUUUAUCGGAGGUGACUUCGCUGAAGAACUGGGCGAGGACUUCUUUGGAUUUAAGGAACUUGGCCUCGCUGGUGAGAUGGGUGGCAUGCUCUCUGUUCCUCUCCAUCUCCUCCAGUCUAGGGUUCGCAACCAGUACCAGGUCCAGAACCCGACUCAAGGUCCUUCUGAUGCUGUCCUAUUCGAAGAUCUUGCUCCUCCCGACCCCGUUACCAAGGAGAACAUCCAGGAGCAAAUCGGACUUGUCAAGAACUUCUUCCUCGCUAAGCUGCACGCUAAUGGCGACACACCUUUGGUGGAAGAUGAAGACUUGCCUGUCAAGCAGCGAAGACCUCGACCGCGUCUUGGUGCAACUGGCAAGAUCGUGUCUCCUCAAAAGCGCCCUCCCAAGGAACAAAACGCCAUCAACAAAAAGAAAAAGAAAAUGGAAGCCCAGGCAGCCGAAGCCAGCAAGGCAGCAAAUCAGAGUCCUGAGAAAGGCGGUCCGAAGAAGGCAAAGAGUAUAUCUAUGCCGAAUGGAGGAACCCUACCAACGAACGUCGCUUCUCUGCCUCUCGCCCCGCCGAUGGAACGCGUCGGAAGUACACAGAGCCAAGGCAACAAUAGCCAGACGGAUAAGGAUGAUACCGGCAUGAUGAGCCCAGAGAGUAUAGAACGAGGAUAGGACCAAUUCUAUAACUCUGUAGGGUUCGCAACCUUUUUCGGCGCAUUUCAAUAAUUCUUACAAUCCCUAAUCUAUACCCUAUUGACGGGAUAUUAUUUUUUACCUUAUUUUCAUUUCCCUCUGGACCUAGGCAGGGGGGAAGGCGUGCGGCUUAUCGUGGUGGUAUGGGGGCGUUUUCUGGGAGGGAUGUCUACGAAUACCUAUUCCUCCGUGCAUGGCGGGCAUUACUCCCUAUUUUCAUUGGCUUUUCCUUUUCUUCGCUAAUGAUGCUUGGCACGAUUUGCAUAUAACCGGAUGGACGGGACGAAGGUCGACGAGGGAGACAGGGCGGCAUAUGGAUAAGUCUGUCACGGGUUGAGGAUUGAUAGGAAACCCGAGACGGCUACGUUCCACUUCAUACCAUGUACAUAACUCCUCCCUUCCGCGCACACGCACGAAACCCCCCUUUCAGUCCUACCUUCAUGGACAUAGCGCUACGAGCUAUAUGUAUUCAAUAGAACCCUACUGAAUUCAUCCAUGAUUGGUUCGAAUACCAUUAUGCGCUUUGUCAAUAUGAGUGAGAGACUCUUCACUAGCAAGUAAA